UAGAGGAGGGAGGGAGGAGGUGGCCGCGGCGGCAGUUGCGCAUACGCCGUGGCGCGGAGCAGCGGCGCCGCCCGACCCCAGCCCGAGUAGAUAACGUAUCAGACAUUCACAAACAACAUGGAGUGCUACACUUCAGACAGCUGCGAUAGCGACAGUCGCGAACAAAAAACUCUCGAUCUCUCCGGACAGUUACUGGACACCGUCAGCGUCUCGUCGGAACUCAGCGGCAUUGUGGACGAGAAGAACUGCUCGGAUAACUAUGAGAUUGUUCUGCUCUACAGCAACAGGAUAGAGAGUCUUCCAGACUCGAUACACCAAUUCCGGAACUUGAAAAUUUUGGACGUGAGCAACAACAGGCUGACGAGCUUGCCCGACGUGCUCGAGCAUUGUCCUCUGACCUCGCUGAUAGCCAAGCACAACCUACUCACCAACGAAUCUCUGCCCAAGUGCUUCACCGUGGACAGAAACACCCUCAGAGAGGUCAAUUUCAGCGGAAACCGGCUAAAUGCCUUCCCUGAACAAGUGUUAGAAUUAGCGUCCUUAAGAUACCUGUACAUAGGAGGGAACAAUAUUACUAAUAUACCGAAAGACAUUUGGAAACUUAGUAGCUUACAGAUCCUGUCCCUGGGUGGGAAUCAAAUAUGCGACGUGCCGGAGUCGGUGGGGCACCUGACGUCGCUCCAAGCGCUGGUUCUGAGCGACAACCUCAUCGAGCAGCUCCCUCCCAGCAUAGCCAACCUAAAGCAGCUGCGAUCCUUGCUGCUGCACAGAAACCGACUAAAGACACUGCCGACGCAAAUCAUUAAGUUGAAAUGUCUGAAUGAGCUGAGUCUCCGAGACAACCCGCUAGUGGUCCGCUUCGUGCGGGACAUGACGCUGCAGCCGCCCUCGCUCCUGGAGCUGGCUGGGCGCUCCAUCAAGCUCAACCAGAUCCCGAUACUGCCCGGAGAAGUCCCCGCCACCUUGCUCAAAUACCUCAACGCUGCUCAGUGCUGCGUCAACCCUAAGUGUAAAGGUGUAUUCUUUGACAACCGCGUCGAGCACAUCAAGUUCGUGGACUUCUGCGGCAAGUACCGGAUUCCCCUGCUGCAGUUCCUGUGUAGCUCCAAGUGCAUCACCGGAGCUUGGGAGAGCCGCGAGGAGAAUAAUGCCCACCCGCAUAUGAUGCGGAAGGUUCUGCUGGGCUAAUUGGCUUGUUUGGGACUUUAAAUGCUUGAGGGUCAUUCUACGAAAACGAUUCAUUGCGAUUAUAGUCGCAUUAAAUGUGGCUAUUGCUUGGGAGUUGUCCGUCAUAUCGUUUUAGCUAGAGUGACCCUAUAGGUUCAGAGUGUCGGAAAAAUGUUCUUUACGCCGAAAUAGAACACAAAUGUAUAUUCUGAACGAUUUCAGAUGUGUUUAGAAAAAAAGCUGUAAAUUCCAAGGUUAACGACGUGUCGUUCGGCUUACGAUACCUACCAUUAUGUAUAGUGAAACUUAGCGAUUUUAAGUGAUAGAGAAUUCAUAGUAAAUCUUCACUCAAGCGUCAAUUAGAAAUGCGCGCAGAUCAUGUGCAUACUUAUUAUGAAUUCAUUGUCAGUAUGAAAACGCUGUGGGUACAGCUCUGAAUAGGACAUCUGAGAGCUGUGGCUGUGGUAUAAGGUCCCUCAAACAAGCCUAGUUUAUGAAUUUUACGUUUAAGUACAUUUUUUAUCAAACUUUGGGCAUAAUAAGCUAAUUGUAAGUAGUCAUAAAUUGUAAGAUUUUUUUGCCAUUGAAUCAAAACAUAUUUUUUAUCAGAAAUAGAAACAUUACUUUAUUAUUUUUGGUCUCAUUUUGAGGGUAAUUUAGAAAGUAAGAUUUGUAACAAAUUAUAUUUUAAAACUUUAUGAUAACUUGAUUGACUGUUAGGCUAAUUAAGGUAUGUUCUAUGUCUGCAGAGUCAUUAGAUUCAUUUUGCAGCUGUAUGUAAAUCUUAGACCAAACUAUAUCUAGUGAUUAUAUAAUAUGUAAUUUAACUAUCUACUUAUCACAAUACAUUUUAUUACUGUUAUUUGUUUUGUUAUUUUUGUAACUUCAUAGAGUUAAGUAAGUAAUUGUAAAUUGUACCAAAUACACAUACCAUAAUAACAUAUUAAAACUUGAAUGAAAUGAACUAUAAACAAAGGUUACUUUGUAAGCAUAAUAAAAGAACAAGAAAUAUUAA